AUGGCAUGCUUGUCGCUCCCGAAGCUCCUGUUGGCCGGGGAUCAAGUGAUGAAAUGCCCCAACAGCGAGCAGGCCUUGUGCGAUCUCUUACAGAGCUUCGGCAUUGACACAUCGGCUUGGGGAGAUCAGCACGCGAAGCCCCUGGUUUCUCUACUCCGAGAGCUGCGCGAAGGAUCGUGCUCUCUUCGCGUCGCAAACAGGAAGCGCAUCUACCGGCUGGUGGAGCCUGUCUUCGUCCAGAUCACAUACUGCGGAAAGGUCUUGGUGGAGCGUAUGAAGAUCUUCCCCAAUGGAAUGCGGCGAGAGCAUCGCUCCGUGUUGGCAGAGAAGAAGGCCCUCUCAGAUCAGUCGGCCUUGCACGCGGCAAUCCGCGGAAUCCGGGAAGAGCUUCACGUGGACAUCGGUGAGGGAACUGAGGGUCUGGUCCACAGCCCGCAGGAGGACACCAGUUUUAUUGAAGAGCUGGACUCUGCAUCUUACCCUGGGCUGCCGGCAGUCUAUGAGACGAGCCACAUCCGCCUGAACGUCCAGUCUGGAAGUUCUGCAGAGCGUGCUUUCACUCACUGCGGACUCCCUGCUUGCAAGCCUUUCGAGACGGUAGAGAUGAAGUUGGAGGGCGAGCUGCGCUUGGGCUGGGAGUGGGUAGAGUUUCACGAAGCCCUGCGCAGCGACUUGACU